GGGUGGCCGCUGCGGCCGCUGCUUCAGAGCCUCGCGGGCGGGCGGCGUUCUGCUCAGUGGGACGGUCCGGCGCCCGGCGGCCUCGUGUGGAGCCUUCGGGCGUCCCGCGGCCGCGUGGCAGCCGUCCUCUGUGCGGCCGCGGCGCGCGUGUGGAACCGCGUCCCCCCCCUCCCUGUGCCGAGCGGCUCAGCCGGGUGUCUGGGACGUGGGAGUCGCGAUCAGGUGCCUGGUGUACCCGGAAUAACAACGUGAUGAGUUCCAGUUGUACCCUAUUAAAUUCUUGUUAAAGGGCCUGUCACCCUGUGAGCUUCGUUCUCUGCUCGCUUCCGACACGAAUAAUGCAAAUUCCUUGAGAGGAAUGAAGCCUCGGCCUUGCCGAAUUGCUCAGCAAAUGACUACUCUUGUCGACUCUUUUGAAUAACUAUUAGCUUAACGAAAAUUUAGAUGUGUGCUAUGCAUUGUCUUGGAGACGGUAGUACUGCAAGUUUCCCGAAACUGUAUCGUACAGCGAUGUAGCUCGGGACAUAACAAGACUCUCAAGACAUGUCAAUAUUUAUUGAGGAGCUGCUUCUACUUGUGAGAACAUAGUGAAUGGACCUGACUGGACUUUUUGCGCCCAUCAAUAAACAUGAGUGGUACCAAGCCUGAUAUUUUGUGGGCACCACACCAAGUUGAUAGAUUUGUUGUAUGUGACUCAGAACUGAGCCUUUAUCAUGUGGAAUCGGCUGUGAAUUCAGAACUUAAAGCUGGAUCAUUACGUUUGUCUGAAGACUCUGCAGCUACAUUACUGUCAAUAAAUUCAGAUACACCCUAUAUGAAAUGUGUUGCAUGGUAUCUCAAUUAUGAUCCUGAAUGUCUCCUAGCAGUUGGACAAGCAAAUGGUCGAGUUGUACUUACAAGUCUUGGUCAAGAUCAUAAUUCUAAGUUUAAAGAUUUGAUAGGAAAAGAAUUUGUCCCAAAACAUGCUCGACAGUGCAAUACCCUUGCAUGGAAUCCACUGGAUAGUAACUGGCUUGCUGCUGGUCUGGACAAGCACAGAGCUGACUUUUCAGUUCUGAUAUGGGAUAUUUGCAGCAAAUAUACUCCUGAUAUUGUUCCCAUGGAAAAAGUGAGACUUUCAGCAGGUGAAGCUGAAACAACACUAUUAGUAACAAAACCACUGUAUGAGUUAGGACAAAAUGAUGCUUGUCUAUCCCUUUGUUGGCUUCCACGAGACCAGAAACUUCUCCUUGCUGGCAUGCAUCGUAACCUAGCCAUAUUUGAUCUUCGGAACACAAGCCAGAAGAUGUUUGUAAAUACAAAAGCUGUUCAAGGAGUGACAGUAGACCCAUACUUCCAUGAUCGUGUUGCUUCCUUCUAUGAAGGUCAGGUUGCAAUAUGGGAUCUUAGAAAAUUUGAGAAGCCAGUUUUGACUUUGACUGAACAGCCAAAGCCCUUGACAAAAGUAGCAUGGUGUCCAACUAGGACAGGUCUGCUUGCUACUUUAACAAGGGAUAGUAAUAUUAUUAGGCUAUAUGAUAUGCAGCAUACACCUACGCCCAUUGGGGAUGAAACUGAGCCCACAAUAAUUGAAAGAAGUGUGCAACCUUGUGACAAUUACAUUGCUUCCUUUGCAUGGCAUCCAACGAGUCAAAAUCGAAUGAUAGUUGUAACUCCCAACCGAACAAUGUCUGACUUCACUGUUUUUGAAAGGAUAUCUCUUGCCUGGAGCCCAAUUACCUCUUUAAUGUGGGCUUGUGGCCGUCAUUUGUAUGAAUGUGCGGAAGAAGAAAGUGACAAUUCCUUAGAAAAAGAUAUAGCAACAAAAAUGCGCCUCCGGGCUCUAUCAAGGUAUGGACUUGAUACAGAGCAGGUAUGGAGAAACCACAUUUUAGCUGGAAAUGAAGACCCACAACUUAAGUCACUCUGGUAUACUCUGCACUUUAUGAAGCAGUAUACAGAAGAUAUGGAUCAAAAAUCUCCAGGCAACAAAGGAUCGUUGGUUUAUGCAGGAAUUAAAUCAAUAGUAAAAUCAUCUUUGGGAAUGGUGGAAAGCACCAGACAUAAUUGGAGUGGCUUGGACAAACAAACUGAUAUUCAGAACUUAAACGAAGAGAGGAUUUUAGCAUUACAACUCUGUGGGUGGGUAAAGAAAGGAACGGAUGUCGAUGUGGGACCAUUUUUGAACUCUCUUGUGCAAGAAGGAGAAUGGGAAAGAGCUGCUGCAGUGGCUUUGUUCAACCUGGAUAUUCGGCGAGCAAUCCAAAUCCUGAAUGAAGGGGCAUCUUCAGAAAAAGGAGAUCUGAAUCUCAAUGUGGUAGCAAUGGCUUUAUCAGGGUAUACGGACGAGAAGAACUCUCUUUGGAGAGAGAUGUGCAGCACACUACGAUUGCAGCUCAACAACCCCUAUCUCUGCGUCAUGUUUGCAUUUCUGACCAGCGAAGCAGGAGCUUAUGAUGGAGUUUUGUAUGAAAACAAAGUUGCAGUACGUGACAGAGUGGCAUUUGCUUGUAAAUUCCUUGGUGAUACUCAGUUAAAUAAAUACAUUGAAAAGCUGACCAAUGAAAUGAAAGAGGCUGGCAAUUUGGAAGGAAUCUUGCUUACAGGCCUCACUAAAGAUGGAGUGGACUUGAUGGAGAGCUACGUGGAUAGAACUGGAGAUGUGCAGACAGCAAGCUACUGCAUGCUACAGGGUUCACCUUUAGAUGUUCUUAAAGAUGAAAGGGUUCAAUAUUGGAUUGAGAAUUACAGAAACUUAUUAGAUGCUUGGAGGUUUUGGCACAAACGAGCUGAAUUUGAUAUACAUAGGAGUAAAUUGGAUCCCAGUUCCAAGCCAUUAGCACAGGUGUUUGUGAGUUGUAAUUUUUGUGGCAAAUCAAUCUCCUACAGCUGUUCCUCAGUGCCUCAUCAGGGCAGAGGCUUUAGUCAAUAUGGUGUGAGUGGCUCACCAACAAAAUCGAAAGUCACAAGUUGCCCUGGCUGUCGGAAACCCCUUCCUCGCUGUGCACUUUGCCUCAUUAAUAUGGGAACGCCUGUUUCCAGCUGUCCUGGUGGAUCCAAAUCGGAUGAAAAAGUGGACUUGAGCAAGGACAAAAAGUUAGCUCAGUUUAACAAUUGGUUUACCUGGUGUCACAAUUGUCGGCAUGGCGGGCAUGCUGGACAUAUGCUUAGUUGGUUCAGGGACCAUGCAGAGUGUCCUGUAUCAGCAUGCACGUGUAAAUGUAUGCAGUUGGAUACAACAGGGAAUCUGGUACCAGCAGAGACUGUUCAGCCAUGAGAUGCUACACCUAAAGAGAAACCCUCAAAUGAGGAGUUUUUAAUCGCUGUCCUUCACAGUUCAGAAACAUACCUCAGAACAAGUCACUCACGACUCUCCUAUGAUGGGAAAAUAAAUCAUUCUAUCAGAGCAGCAGUUUGAUGUUUGAGUGAUUUUGAUGUGCUUCUUAGAGCAGAUGCUGCUGAAGCGAACAUCAGAGCAUGAAUAUAAGUUCUGUUCAGUAGGUUAAAGUUCAUUUGAAAGAACCUUCUAGAGUUUUUUCAAAAAUAUGAAUGUGUAUAGAAGGUUUUAGAAUAAAAACAUACCUCUGCCUGCAUCUUCAAUCUGAACUUGGUAUCUUUUGAUAGAAUCUGUACAUAUUUAAAGUCAAAAGGUCAAUUUAGUGGUUCAGAUAACAGUUUAAGCUUAUCCAUGCUUAGAUUCCAUUCAGAUAAAAUGUGUUUUUACAUUGAGAAUUAGCACCUCACCCACACUGCUAAUAUGUUUGAGAAAAGUACAUGCAUGCAUGUAAUAUAGGUCAUUGUUGUAUUCCUCAAAAAUCCAGGCCACUGAGAUGGUUUAGCACGUAAGGGGGCUGCUGAUCCUAAUGACCUGAGUUUAAUCCUUGGGACCCAUUGUCGAAGGCAAUGAAUCCCCUGACCUCCACAAAUACAUUAGUAGCACCCAGAUUAAAAGGAUAAUGGCAAAGGGCAGAAGAUGUAGGACAUUGGGAACGUGUGCUUAGCAUACAUAAGGUAAGUUCUCAAGGUUUCUUAGCACCACAUGCACACAAAGGGAGAAAGGAGGGUGCUGUUCACCUGUCUGCAUCUAUUUAAAGGGAAUAUCUGCAUUCUAAUGACUAUUGGAAGACAACAACCCAAGAGAACACCAUGGGCAACAAUGAAGUCAGUGUAAGUGUUUUUCAAAUGAAGUAGGCAAAUACAUGUUAAAACCCUUAGAGAUAUGCAACCCUUUGUCCUAAGAUGGCAGAAAGUUUUUAUGAGUUACUAACUGGUUAGAUGUGCAGAUAUAUGAAUGAUGUACUUCUUUGCUUCAUUUUCAGUACAAAUGUAGAACUUUAAUGUCCACUAUAACAAUAAAUAUUAACACAUACAGAGUUAAUAGUAACCAACUAUUCAAAUAAAGUAGAUAUUUUUACUUAGCAAGCUCAAUGCCGUUGGUAGUUGAAGAAGAAAGGCUGGUUACAUGAGAACAUGCACAGCAUGUUAAUGUUAAUUUUCAUGGGAAUUUUACAGUCUUGUUGGGCUUUGGGUGAUGUUUGUCUUUUUGUUAUCUAGCAUUUUCAAUAAUGAGAGAUGUAAAAUUAAAUGCAAAUGUAUAUCACCCAUAUUACUGGCUUUUCCAGUUAACUGCAACCAGGCAUCUUCUGUUUCCAGUCAUGAAACAGCCAGAUGUGAUUUAUCUAAGAUAAAGAAACUGCUUCAUAAUAGGAAAGUUAGUACAGUUCUAAUUUAUUCAGCAAUCAUUUUCCCCAGUUCUGUGUUUGGUAGCAAUAACAGCACACACUUAGUCCAGCACUCAGGAGAGUUAGAAAGUGCACUGCACUCUCCAUUUAGCACCCCGAAGAAUGGUUAUAAACUUCUAAUUUCCCUGUAGUCACUGGUAUAUAUAGUACUAUCUCACCCUUUGCUCUCUCCUGUGUCUUCCUCCUAGAUUUUCUGACUCUUCUCUUCUGGCUCUGGCCAUGGCAGGAAAUCUGCUCUCCAUUGUUAUCCAACCUGGGGUGCAUACAUACACUACAUUCUCAGUAAGUUCUUCACAGGAAGUGGUGAGUUCUCAGUGUGCCCAGAUGCCCAUGCUUCUAACAGCCUAGCAGUCAUCUGCUCGCCUUGAUGGGUGGACAUGUUUAAGGUCAUGAUAUUAAAUAAUGGACGGCACCAUCAUUACUGUGGAAUCAGUGUCUGAGUAAAGCCACAGCCACAGUUCAGUUUGAUUGUUGGAGCAUUUGCAUCUUCACAGCCAAAAUGUCAGUCUCUUUCAUUUUUGUUUGGAAAUUUUAACAUAACUUUCUAAUUACUUUCAAAUAAUUGAAGGAAAUAGUUGUCCAUAAUGUCUUCCAAAAUGCAAUUUCCUUACUAAUACCAUUGGUGGGACAAUGUUUUUAAAUGCUUUGCUUUAAGAUUAAGGAUAAUUUAUGUAACGCCAGAAAUAGCAAUAAUAAUUCAACACAUAGUCUUUCAUCCAAUUUAUGAAAAACAUGCUGCCUUAAUGUAAUUUCCUAACUAGAAAUUCAGAUAGAGUAAUUUAAUUAAGUUGGCAUCUUAAACUCACAAAGACAAAA